AUGAAGUACCCAAAUGAUGAAUUUGUCAACAGGCUUAUAUCAAGUUGUCGAGUUCUUGAAGACUUGGUUGUGGAACAAAUCCUCGAUGACAAUGUGGUUAUGUUGAGCGUUAGAGUGCCUUCUCUAAAGAGCUUAGUCUUGCACCAAAAACUAAAAAAAGGCAAAGCUAGUGGGUUUAUUUUAGACACUCCUGCUUUGGAGUUCUUGGAUGUUGUUGAAUAUUCUCAGGGUUCUCACAUCGUCGAGAAUGUUAUGCCUAACAUCGUGAAGGCAAAUGUUGACAUUUUUCAUUCCCAAACUGAGCAAAUUUUGGGUUCUAUAACUUUAGCCAAGUAUCUCCAUCUCUGCUUACCAAGCUCAAAGUCAAAGAACGUGUCCUACCCUCAUGGUAGUAUCUUCAAGCUUCUUGUAUAUCUAAAGAUAUGCACAUGUUUGGCUGAGUGGCUGAGUCUACUUAUGCGUAUGCUCAGAAAUUCCCCUAAUUUACAAGUUCUCGAGAUUGAACAGGUCCAUUGCCUUCGAAAUGACCAAUCGCGACCGUGCUGGAGUGAACCAAGCUCGAUACCUAAUUGUCUUUUAUACAGCCUUGAAACCUUCAAAUGGGAAUGUUAUACUCAAAGAAUAGAAGAGAAAGAAAUGGCGGCAUUCAUCUUAAGAAGUGCAAUCUGUUUAAAGAAGGCAACUAUUAUCCCUUCUAAGUCUAUUGACGACGACAAGAAACUUGAGAUGCACAAGGAGUUGUCAUUAUUGCCAAGAUAUUCGCCAAUUUGUCAGCUUGCAUUCAGCUGA